AUGUCUCACGAUUACCUAACUGCUGCUGACGAAGUUCCUCCCGAACCAAUUCGAACUCCAGAUAUCUUUCAAAACUACCCAGAUAACGAGGACGACGCCUCUGUCAUUAACAAUCCUCCUCAAAAACCAUUUCUAUUGAAAAGAAGAUCAUCCACUUUCUACAAAGAUGCUUUGCUAAAGAACAAAUCAAUCAAAGAAAGCGUCAAUGGCGCUGCCAUCGCUGUUAACGAUGAGAGAAUACUUCCCGAUGAAGAUGCUGAUAACCAAACCGAUAAAUCAGAUAAUAUAUCCUACCAAAUGAAUGUGGGCUACAACAAGUACAGAUCGAAUUCAAAUUCCUUCUAUAAAAACAAUGAAAAGAAUCAAAAUCAAAAACAAAAUGACGAAGAAAUAAUAACUACUCAAAUCAAUGGAAUUUCUUUUGGCACUGACAACGAUCAAGUCAAUAAAAACCACUUGGACAACUACAAGUAUAAUAACAAUUUUUAUAACAAUAAAAAAGGUAAUGACAACAAUUUGAACACUUCAUUCGAUACUAAUUUUCAAGAAAAUGAUAAAAGCUUUAUAGUAUCUGGUAUGUCUUCGUCAAUAAUUUCACCAGUUCCGCUAUCUUCUAAUAACAUUUUGUUAUGCGAUAAUAGUAGUUUUGAUAAUAAGGAUAUCAAGAAAAACCAUUUAAUUGACUUGAAUAGUAUCGACAAACCAACUUUAUUAAAGAAAAACAGUUUUAGUUAUAACGACUUUAAAAGAAAAAUGUAUUAUGAUAAAUAUUAA